AUGGAAUUUAAUUUUAGUAAUUUUGAUUCAAGAAGAUAUGGAUAUAUUAGAGGUAGAUCAAUAUUAAAUCAUUUAUUACUAAAAAAAGAUUUUCAAGAAUGGGGAGUAAAUUCAGUGCAAAUUGUAUCAGGCCAUAUUGCAAUCAAUUUUCAAAUGAGUAAAUCCAUUUGUUUAUUUGAUGCAACAUCUUCAAUUCAUCAAUUAUCAGAUACAGUUACAAAUAAUAUUCAAACAUUAUUAUCAACUAAACAAUUAUUACAAUCACCAUUAUCACCUGCAACUCAAUCAUUACCAAUUUUAGCAUGUUCAUUUAAUUCACCUAUUAUUAAAUUUGGUUUUGAAAAAUUUAUUGCUCCAUCAUCAUCAUCAUCAUCAUCAUCAUCAUCAUCAUCAUCAUCAUCAACAUCAACUACAAAUUUAAAUACAUUAAAAAAUAAACAACAAAAUAAUAAUAAUAAUACAAAUAAUGAUAAUUCACCAUUAAGAUUUUUUGUAUUUGAAAGUGAUGGAUAUAUUCAUAUUUGGGAAUGGAAUAUUAAUGAAUAUAAAUGGAAAUAUAUUAUAAAAUUAUAUUUACCAAUUCUAAAUAGAGAAUCAAUUACAACAACAACUAUAUAUAACAUUGAAAAAGAAUAUCAAAUUCAAUGUGCUGGUGUAUUUGGUUCAUCACAAGGUAUGACAAUAGUUUGGAUGAAUCAACAAUUGAAUACUAUGAAUUGUAGAGUUUUAAAUUUUAAUAAUGGUUAUAAUAGAUCAUUGGACUUACAAACUAAACAAAUUCAAACAACAAUUAAAGAUAAAUUCAUUGAUGAAAUGUAUCCAAUGAAUUUAGUUGUCACUGGUUUAGAAUCUUAUGAUCUUAAAAAAGAUUGGGAAAUUCAAUUAAGAUCAAGUAUAUCAUCUGCUUCACCUUUUAAUACAACUGUUUCAAUCUCUUCAAAACAUGGUAUUUGGUAUAUUACAAAAACAUUUAUACUCUUAUGGUCAUUUAGAAAUAAAAUUUGGAAUAUAACUUAUUUUAAAGAUAAAUCUUCUUUAAAACAAAAUAAUAUUAAUAAUAAUAAUAAUAAUAAUAAUAAUAAUACUCAGUGUGAUAUUCAUUUUACAGAUAAUAAUAAUAAUAAUAAUAAUAAUCAAAAUAAUAAUAAUAAUAAUAAUAAUCAAAAUAAUGAUAAUGAUAAUAAUAAUAGUGGUAAUAAUUCAAUUAAUGAUAAUUGUAUAUUAGAAGUAUUAGCAUAUUGUAAGAAUCCAUUAACACAAGAUUUAUUAAUUUUGGAACCAACUGGUAAAUUAUUUUCAUGUGAACCAUCACAAGGUGAAAAGGAGAAAUUAAAUGUAAAAUUAUUGGCAGUAUUAGAUUUAUCUAUGGUAAACGUUAAGAAUUCUGUAAAGAUGAUUAUGCACCAAAAUGCAUAUGUAGUAUUGAAUGAAAAGAAAGCUUACUUUUAUGAUACAAAAUGUGCUACUUUUCUUUGUAAAACUUCAUUACCAACUGAAUUAGAAACAUUAAACACUAAAAACAACAACACUAUAAAAACUCAAUCAACAUGGGAGAAUGGCACAGCUGGUAUAAUAUGGGGUUGUGGUUAUUGGUCACAAUCUGAUGGUAUUUGGGAAGUUAGAUUACAAUCGCCACCAAGUAAAUUUAUUGAAACUAUUGCAAAUUCAUCAUCAUCAACAUCCGAUGAUAGUAAAUUAUUAAUUGCUGCAAAUGUUUGUAAGCAAUGGGAUUUAAAGAAUUUGGAAUCAAAAUAUUUAUUAGAGAUGGCAUUAAAUGAAAAUGAUGAAGAGAGAAAAAUUCAAAUUUGUAAAACACUUUUACCACGUUUAGAGAAUCCAUCAUUGGUUAUAGCAUUAUUAUCAAAUUUACAAUCUUAUCAAAGUUGUAAAUUCAUAAUGGAGGAAUUGAAAUUAUUUUUAGAGAAUUAUGAUUAUUUUGAAAAUUUAAAAUCAAAAUCAAACAUUAAUGAAAAUGAUGAAAGAAUUUCAAAGAUUAAGAAUUCAUUUAUUUAUCAUACACCUUUUAAUCAAAAAAUGAUACCACUAUUAAAAGAAUAUUUUCAAAUUCAAAAUAUUGCAACUGGUAGUAGUAGUAGUAGUAAUAAACAAUCAUCAUCAUCAUUAUCAUCACCAUUACUUUUUCAACAACAUCAACAAAAAAAUGGAAUUAAUAAUAAUUUACCAGAUUUAUUAAGUACACCAGAUUCAAUGGUAUUAGAUUUUAAUUAUGAACAAAUUGACCAAUUUAAAAAGUUACAACCCGAAUUAUUAUUACAAAAACUUGAGAAUGCAUUAUCAUUAUCAGGUAUUGAUUAUUCAGGUUUCGAUGAUAUAAAUGGUGAAGCUAUAUCACUACCAAUGGCAAGUCCAAUAUUAUUACAUUCUGAAGAAAGAUUAAAACCAAUUCAAAAAGAAUCUGAUAAUUGUGUUAAAUCAUCAAUUGAGGAUAAAAUUUCAUCUUUAAAUUUAUCAGGAGGAAUUAGUAAUAGUAGUAAUAAUAGUAGUAGCAAUAAUAGUAAUAAUAGUAGUGGUGAUAAUAUAAAUUGUAAUAGUAAUAAUAAUAAUAAUAAUAAUAAUAAUAAUAAUAGUAGUAGUUAUAACAAUUCAUUAAUUACUUUUAUUGGUAAUGAUGGUAUUAUUUAUCCUUUAAAAUUCCCAGUUUUUGAAAUUUUAUGUCAACUUUAUUAUAGUUUAAAACCAAAAAAUUUAAUUCCUUUCGUUUGUAUGGUUCAUAAUUCUGCAAUUGCAAGAUCUUUAGAUCAACCUUCAAAUGAAACAGUUGGAUUUAAUAAUAAUAAUAAUAGUAGUAGUAGUAGUAGUAAUAAUAAUAAUAAUAAUAAUAAUAAUAAUAAUAAUAAUAAUAAUAAUAAUAAUAAUAAUAAUAAUAAUAAUAAUAAUAAUAAUAAUAAUAAUAAUAAUAAUAAUAAUAAUAAUAAUAAUAACAAUAAUACCAAUACUAAUAAUAUUAAUAAUAAUAAUAAUAAUAACAAAAGAGAAAAAGAUCAUUUCUUUAGAGCUUUAUUAUCAUUACCAAUUUCAUUACCAUCACAAACAAUGGUUGUACAAGAUGAUCAAAUAGACGCAAGAUUUAAAUUAUUAAUUUCAAUUGGUCAUAAACCAAAUGCUCUUAGAUUCCUUUUAAAUUCAAAUAAAUGGGAAAGAGCUAUUGAAUUAGUUAGAACUACAAAUUAUAAUUUAAAUGAAGUUUAUGUACUCUAUGAAAUCCUUUUAUCAUUCUGUAUUGAAAAAAAAGAUAAUUCAAAAUUAAAACAAUGUUGGGAGAGUAUUCCAAAAAAUUUUAGUGUUUUUAAUCUUUUAUCUUUAUUAAAAGUAAAUAAUCAACCACAACAACAAACUACUCCACCCCAAACCAAUGUAGUUUCAAAUAGUAAUAACUCAACUACAACAUCAUCAUCAUCAUCAACGUCAACUACCGAUACUAAUAAUAAUAAUAAUAAUAAUAAUAAUAAUAAUAAUAAUAAUAAUAAUAAUAAUAAUAUUUAUAAUCCAAGCAUUCUUUCAAUUCCAUCAACUAGCAACGAAGAUCUCACUGUUGAUAUGUUUAGAGGCCAAUUAUUAAAAAUGUUAAAUAAGUAA